AUCUUAUAAUGAGUCAGAUUCCUGUUCUGUAUUCAGAAUCUGAAAGAGCAGAGGGAGAGAGGAAAGGGGAUCUUGAUCAAUAUGAACGCUUGGAUGGAGAUAGAAAUCAAACCAGCAAGUCCCUUGCUGUUAAGAAGUAUACUAGGACAGCAGAGAGGGAAGCAGACUUGAUAAGACCCAUGCCAAUCCUGCAGAUGACAAUUGAUUAUCUUCUGUAUUUGCUAGACCAUCCUUAUGAAGUUAUGAUGACAAGUUUCUUGGUUUAUAUAACUUCUUGUGGGAUAGGAUGAGGGCAAUUCGGAUGGAUCUGAGGAUGCAACACAUUUUUAACCUUGAUGCUAUUACCAUGCUGGAGCAAAUGAUAAGACUUCACAUAGUAGCCAUGCAUGAAUUAUGUGAAUAUACAAAAGGAGAAGGCUUUUCGGAGGGAUUUGAUGCUCACCUUAACAUUGAACAGAUGAACAAAACUUCUGUUGAAUUGUUUCAAUUGUAUGACGACCACAGGAAGAAGGGAAUGCAGGUGCCAACAGAGAAAGAAUUUCGAGGUUAUUACGCGCUUCUCAAGCUGGACAAACAUCCAGGAUACAAAGUUGAACCUGCAGAGCUCUCGCUUGAUCUUUCCAAGAUGACACCGGAGAUAAGGCAAACCCCAGAAAUAUUAUUUGCCCGUGAUGUAGCAAGAGCCUGCAGAACUGGUAAUUUUAUAGCUUUCUUUCGACUUGCAAGAAAAGCGAGUUACCUCCAAGCAUGCCUAAUGCAUGCUCACUUUGCAAAGUUGUGAACCCAAGCACUUGCUUCUCUACAUUGUGGUGUACAAAAUAAUCAAGGUAUCUCUGUCACACAUGUUGCCAAAUGGCUUGCAAUGGAGGAAGACAACAUAGAAAACCUGUUGGAGUAUCAUGGCUUUGUGAUAAAGGAAUUUGAAGAGCCAUAUAUGGUGAAGGAAGGGCUAUUUCUCAACAGUGAUAAUGACUAUCCAGUGAAGUGUUCGAAACUUGUUCAUAUGAAAAAGUCACGAAGGACAGUUGAGGAUGUUUCGUCUCCUCAUACAAUAGUGUCAUUACCUGCUGAAGAAGAAAGAGAGGUCCAGUUGGUUAAGGUCUACGAGAAGGAAUCAAAACCUGUUCAAUUCAAUGGGACAGAAAGUCAUGCCCAGGUCAUUGAUGAGGAAAUGGAUGAUUAUGAAGCCGUGCCAUCCCCAAAAGAUGGAACACAAGUGAAGCCCAUGGUCAAACCAUUAGUAAUUGGUCAACAGAGUGAAGACGUCUUUCGGAUAGAUACCAUAAGUCCCUUGGCACGGGAUUUCUCCUUGGCACAUAAUUCCCCUAAAUCUCAGCAAGCUAGAGUUGGAAGCACGGGGAAACCAAAUUUUGAUCCCGUCUUCCAAAACUCUCUGGAGAGAAAAACACAUUCUGACACAAAAGCCGUUCCAUUGGAAAUCAUGUCGGAAAGAGUUGGCCAAGAAAAAAUUGCAAGUUUUGAAUUUGAUUCUGCUAUGGAAAAUUAUGUCCCUCAGAAAGUGUUUAUCGAAGAUUUGGAAGAUGAAGAGCAUACAGAUUAUCAAGAUGUUGAAACCGAGGAAGUUGAGCCUAGUUAUCAUGAUGAGGACGCUGCUGAGGCAAAACUCAAACUGAUCUUCAGAUUAUGGAAGCGUCGUUCAUCAAAGAAAAGAGAGUUACGUGAACAAAGGCAGUUGUCUGCUAUGGCCGCGUUAAAUUCACUAUCGAUGGGCCCACCAAUUCGACAGAACAUUGAUCAACCAAGCACUUCUGGUGUGUUCAACAUCAACCGUGUUAUGCAUGAAAGAUACGAAAGACAUGAAAGAUCAUGGUCAAGGCUAAAUGUUUCAGAUGUGAUAGCUGCUACACUUAAUGAAAGAAACCCGGCUGCCAAAUGUUUUUGCUGGAAAAUAAUUUUAUGCUCUCAGACAGACAAUCCAGAUGGCGACAGGCUGCAACAAUUGAGUCAAGUUGCUCAUUUUACUGCAGGCUCCUGGUUGCAUUCUAAGCUCAUUCCUACCAGCAAAGGUGAUGAUGACGUAAUAAUUUCAUCCCCGGGCCUGUCAAUAUGGAAGAAAUGGGUUCCCAGCCAAUCUGGUGGUGACACCACGUGCUGUUUGUCUAUCGUCAGGGAUGCAAAACUUGAUGAUACGAAUGAGAUAUUAUUAGGUGCAAAUGCAGUUCUUUUCCUUGUAUCUGGAAGCAUCUCAUUGGAGAUCCAAAAGUUUCGGCUCCAUAACCUUCUUAUGUCUUUACCUUCUGGUUCCCAGUUACCCCUUCUAAUCGUAAUAGACUCGUAUGAAGAAAAUUCAGAUUCUUCAUCCAUCAUGGCUGAACGAUUGGGGCUCCAUGACAUUGACAAUUCACGGGUAAAUAAAUCGCUUGUUUUCCUUGCGAAGAACCAGCAAUUGGAAGAGUUUGAUGGGUUUUUCAGUGAUGAGCAAUUGAGAGGGGGAUUGCAGUGGCUCGCAUGCCAAUCACCCUUACAACCUAUUGUUAGUUGUGUAAAUAUGCGUGAACUGACUUUGACCCACUUGAAUUCUUCGCUGAAGGUGCUUGACGAGAUGAGCGAUUAUGAAGUAGGUCCGGACCACUGUAUAUCGGCCUUUAACGAAGCCUCGCAUCAAACAGUGGGAAAGGUUGCUGCUGCAGCAGAUGCAAAUCCUGCCUCUUGGCCUUGUUCUGAGAUUGCUUUGCUGGAGAAGACUAGCAAGGAGUAUGAAGCGGUGAAAUUAUAUCUGCCAGACAUCGGAUGGAGCUCGUCAGCAAGAAUUGAAUUGCUUAUUUGUGCUCUAAGAGACUGUCGACUUCCUUCAUUUCAUGACGACAUAUCUUGGCUCUACAGAGGUUCUAAUUUGGGUGAAGAUAUUGAAAAGCAGAAACAAAAACUUGAAGAUUGCUUGAUCAGAUACCUUACCCAGUUGAGUAAAAUGAUGGGACUAUCGCUGGCAACAAAUGAGGCACGUGUAAUGCUACAAAAGGGUGCGCGUCUUGAGCUCCAUAACUCAACCUACUAUAUCAUUCUGAAGUGGGUUAUGAUUUUCCAACGAGUUUUCAAUUGGCGCUUAAUGAGUUUAUCCAAUGGUGCAUUCUCUUCUGCUUAUAUUCUGGAGCAGCUUGACACGGAUAUUUCAAAAACAGGUCUGGACAUGCCGGGGAUUCAAGGCAUGGUAUCUUCGUCUUAUUAUUUAACUCACCCAUCUCUAGAUGAAAUGGUUGAAGUUAGCUAUGGCUCUUUUGCAUCUAGCAUGGGUCAUACAGAAGACAAGGCUUUCCAGCCUCCAUCGGCAAUGGUUUCUAAUGGUAGUAUUGUACAAGCUACCAAUGCAGCCCAAAAUGGUAACUUGUCUGAGACAAACAAUGACAAUUAUAUAGAGCAUGGAUCAACUGAAACUAGCAGCAGGUUAGUGGUGGCCACGAGAGAAGCUGACAAACUGAGCAAGUUGUUGGAGCAGUGUAAUAUGUUGCAGGACAGGAUUGAUAACAAACUAUCGAUUUAUUUUUAAUGAGGUUGACUUUGGAAAGGCUACCAAGGACAGAGUGAAGAAUGAAAAACAUCUGCUAACGCCCAUGGGAGAAGAUAUUUUUUAGUUCAACAACGAAUAUCUUGAAUUUACAAGAAAUUUUUCCCCCUGGAUUCAGAUCCUGAAUGCCAUAACUUGGUGAAGGCGAUUCACAAGAGAAUCGUGCACAAUUCCGUAUAGGCAUGAAGUUUUGUAUAAUUAUGUAUUUUUGCCAAGGAGUUUUAUCCUUUUAAUGAGCUUUGUAAUUUGUUGGAGCUGUUACUAUGCAGAAUGAGGAAAUAUAAGAUCUUUACAUGUUUAUUGCC